AUGGCUCUCCACGUCCCCAAACCUCCUGGCUUUUCCCAGAUGUUAAAGGAUGGCGCGAAGCACUUUUCAGGACUUGAGGAGGCAGUCUUUCGUAACAUCAGAGCAUGUAAAGAACUUUCUCAGACCACGAUGACUGCAUAUGGACCCAAUGGUAUGAAUAAAAUGGUCAUCAACCACCUGGAGAAGUUGUUUGUCACCAAUGAUGCAGCGACAAUCCUCAGAGAGCUUGAGGUGCAACACCCAGCAGCCAAAAUGAUAGUGAUGGCGUCGCACAUGCAGGAGCAGGAAGUCGGAGACGGCACCAACUUUGUGCUGGUCUUCGCUGGGGCUCUGCUGGAGCUGGCUGAAGAGCUGCUGAGGAUGGGCCUGUCUGUGUCAGAGGUCAUUGAUGGUUAUGAAAAAGCGUGUAAAAAAGCCCUGGAGAUCCUGCCAGACUGCAUAUGCUCCUCUGCCAAAAACCUUCAUGACGUUCAGGAGGCCACGGCGCUCAUCCGUCCAGCAGUCAUGAGCAAGCAGUAUGGGAACGAAGACUUCCUCGCCAACCUCAUUGCCCAGGCCUGUGUUUCCAUUUUCCCAGAGUCUGGCAGUUUCAAUGUGGAUAAUGUCAGAGUGUGCAAGAUCUUGGGCUGUGGAGUGACGGCGUCCACAGUGCUUCAUGGCAUGGUGUUUAAGAAGGAGGCAGAGGGAGACGUCACAUCUGUUAAAGACGCCAAGAUCGCAGUGUUUUCCUGCCCCUUCGACUGCAUGGUGACAGAGACCAAGGGCACAGUGUUGAUAAAAAACGCACAGGAACUGAUGAACUUCAGCAAAGGGGAGGAGGACAUGAUGGAGGCCCAGGUGAAGGCCAUCAAGGAGGCUGGAGCCAACGUGGUGGUAACCGGAGGCAAAGUGGCUGACAUGGCUCUGCACUAUGCCAACAAGUACAAGCUCAUGGUGGUCAGGCUGAACUCCAAGUGGGACCUCAGAAGGUUAUGCAAGACGGUGGGGGCUGUAGCUCUGCCCAAAAUGACAGCGCCAACUCCUGAUGAGAUGGGUCACUGUGACAACGUUUAUCUAACAGAGGUGGGAGACACACAGGUGGUGGUCUUCAAACAUGAGAAAGAAGAUGGCGCCAUCUCAACAGUGGUCAUCAGAGGCUCCACUGACAACCUGAUGGAUGAUAUUGAGAGGGCUGUGGAUGAUGGUGUCAACACCUUCAAGGUUCUGGUCAGGGACAAACGGCUGGUACCUGGAGCAGGAGCCACAGAGAUUGAAUUGGCCAAGCAGAUCACUUCAUUUGGAGAGUCCUGCCCUGGGUUGGAGCAGUACGCCAUCAAGAAGUUUGCUGAAGCCUUUGAGGCGCUGCCACGGGCCCUCGCUAAGAACUCUGGCGUGAAGGGGAACGAGCUCCUCUCUAAGUUGUAUUCCGCACAUCACGAGGGAAACAAAAACAUCGGCUUUGACAUUGAGGGAGAAGGGCCGGCUGUGAAGGACAUGAUUGAGGUUGGCAUUCUGGACCCCUAUCUGGUGAAGCACUGGGCCAUCAGGCUAGCCACCAAUGCUGCCAUAACAGUGCUGAGAGUGGAUCAGAUCAUCAUGGCUAAGGCUGCAGGUGGACCCAAAGCUCCCAAGCAGAGAGGCCACUGGGACAAAGAUGGUUGGGAUGAUGAGCCUGAUCAUUUUGAAACCAACCAUUAGAGGGCAUACUUGCACAUACAAAUCCUUCUGUCAAUUAUCAUGGCCAAACCAGCAGGAGGACCCAGAGCUCCCCAGGGCAACAAGGACUUUGAUGAUGAUGACUGAACCUAAAGCUUCCCAUCCGAUAUUCCUGUUGAAUUCAAAACCUUUUCUACUUGUUUAUUUAAUGCUCAACUGUUUGGUUUAUUUUGUGGACAACCUCUGGUUGCAUUGAUCAACAACAAAUAUGGAAGAAGAAAGUACAGAUGGCUCUGUUUGCAUUCUAUGUUCUUAGGUCCCAAAUAAAAGGCGCUUGUGCUGUAAA